AUGUUCAGAUUAUAUCGCAACAGGACAUCUUCAUUAUCAUCACUUAAAUUGCUGGAGACAAUUAGCGAGGCAGACGAAGAACAUAAUAAUAAUUAUAAUUAUAAUAAUAAUAACAAUAAUAGUUACGAUUUGGAAAUGACAUUUGAUAGUGACGAACAAUAUACUCCACCACUCAAUCCAACUCCAACUCCAACAACUCAAUCUCUCAAACUCAACCAUCCUCAUCAACAUCCCCAACAUCUAUUACUACACAUGCCUCCAACUACAACUCAGCAACUCCAACAAAAACAAUCAAAGUUGGAAAUGUCCCAACUUGACAACAAUGUGGAUAUGCUAAGUAGUAGCAGUUGCAGUAGCAGUAGUAGCAGUAAUAAUAGUAGUCCAAGAUCACCUGAUACAUCAAAUAUCAACUUAUAUGGAUUCCAUAGAUUGUCAUUGGACCUAUUCCCACUGUGUCCUGGUCUAUACAGUGCAUUCAUCAGAGGUGAUGAAUUCGAGACAUCCCUCACCAGUACCCUGCUCCUAUGUAUAAAGUUAAAAGAGUUAAAGAACAGGUUAUUCAACAAACAAUCAAACUCAAACCUCACAUUAUCAAUUUCCAAUCUAAAGUUCAAGGCAGAAUAUAUCCAGAUCAAUAAGUUACAUAUUAGUGAGAUAUGUUCAAUGUGUUUGGAGAUUACACAAUUGAUGUCAUAUGUUGAUCCAUUGUUUAGACACAAGUUGGAUCAACGUUGUCUACAAUCCUAUCUAAACAUGAUAAUUCAAAUAAUAGUGUCAAUCGAACAAAGACUGAAACAACUUUUAAAGAGGAAUGGAUGUAAACUUGUAAAGAAACAGACGGGAGAUGAUCAAUCUCAAGCUUGGAGUGAUUCAUGUGAUGAUGAGACAAAGAAGAAAGAGGGCGGCGGACCAGCAUUCCAUUCAUCACCAUUGAGGAAUGGUUCAACAGCUCAUCAUCCUUAUAGAAGGAAAUAUAAGCCUGUACCAGGUCCAUGUGUAAGAUGUGAGGCAACAGAGACACCAGAGUGGAGGAAAGGACCAGAUGGACAACGAAACCUAUGCAAUGCCUGCGGACUGAAAUACAAAAAGGACUUGGCCAAGCUCCGACGUCGAGAGAUGGAGACAAUGUCAAUCCACAACAUGGUCACCAAUCCAAAGUCAACCUCCAACUCCAACUCCAACACCAAUACCAACACCAAGACACAAGUGAUGACG